AUGCAGAGCCGUCAGAAGAGCUAUGCUGACCAUGUGGGAGACUUCAUCUUGCUAAAGUUGUCACCAUGUAAGGGUGUCAUUCGGUUUCGAAAGAGGGGAAAGUUAGGGUUCCGAUAUAUUGGACCGUUCAGGAUUUCCACUCGGGUUGGCAAGGUGGCUUACCGUUUCGAUAUUCCGGACGAGCUUAACCAGAUUCAUAACACCUUCCAUGUGUCUCAGCUGUGGAAGUGUGUCGCAGACGAGGCUGCCGUUAUUUCUUUAGAUGACAUUCAGGUGGAUGAGAGCCCGAACUACAUUGAGAGGCCCGUUGUGGUCUUGGAUAGGAAAACUAAGGUUCUCCAUAACAAAGAGGUGAAGCUAGUGAAGGUGCAAUGCCAGCACCAGAAGGGAUCGGAGUGGACAUGGAAGCCGGAGGAGGAGAUGCGAGAGCAUUACCCGGAUUUGUUUGCGUCCACAGACGUCAAGGACGAAGUCUAG